AUGUCCACUGCUUCACCCGACCUGUCAUUCAAAGUUCUCAGCCUCCUCAGCAAAGAGCGUGCCGUUUACGGCCUUCGUAACGGAGAUCACCAGCGAUACCGCAAACAUUGCGCAAACAAAAUUCACCGGCUGCGACAGGUAACGGGUGCGGCUUGCGGGAAAAAGACCUUCAAGGCCCCUCCCAAAGUGGAAGUCGCCAGCACCAAAGAUGUCCGCCAGCUUCAGUUGCUGUUGUUCUCCGCCGAGAGGGCCUUGGCUCAUUCUCACGAGUUCAAAGUGCUCAAGGUCAACACUCCUUCAUUGAAACGGGAUCAACUUUCCUGGCUUCGACAAGCCCUCAAGAUCUCCACCCAGCUACACACCAUCGCCCAAUCCCUUUACCUCGGCGAGGCCGAAAGAACUGCGCAUAUUGACGCCAGGACUUUUGGGGAAAUCACUAUCUAUUACCUCACUGUCCGCUCCGAACUUGUCUUUGAAAAGUCCAACUGGGUCGGCGCCCUGGCCGAUCUGGCUUGUCGACGAAAGCUGUUGGACACUUUCGCCGAGGGCGCUCACGACUCUUAUGACCAAGCUCUGGCUACCGAGUUCAUCGACUCGCACGAUCCGUUGAUCCGAUUCUGCGCCUACAAGCUGGGUCGCGCCGAGUCCCACGAUAUUGACGGUGUCAUGGCUGAAAUUGAUUCCGAAGUCCUUGAAGAAGCGCUUCCUGGGUUCCCAUCUCUCGUUGAAAGACUCAGGGCCGAGACGGGUGCUGAAGAGAUGGAGUCUGGCAGAAAAAUGUUGGAGGAUGUCGAAUUUGCGGGUGAGAAGGUUGAUAUGCGCAACGCGGAGAUUGUGGGGAUCAUGGUUAAGGUGCAGCACGCUCUCAAGAAAUUGGAGCGCGAGGGCAAGGGAAAGGGGGGCAGGGGAAUCAGGCGAUGGGACCAAGUGCUCAGCAUCCUCGGAGAGGCAGAAGGCAUUGCCCGCAAGCUCCUUGAGGAUCAUGAGGCCACUGGCAGCACGAGCUCUUUGCGGUCUAGUCGCACCGGUCAAUCUCUUACCCUGGCCCACCAGUACAUCAUCUACCUACUCCUCGCCAACCGAAUCCGAAGAGACUUGGCUCUCGUGGAGUCUUUGACGACUUCAUCCAUUCCGGAGGACCCCGCGCAGUUCAAGUUGGUCGGUGGGAAGGCAAAGCUCGAAGAGGCUGUCAAGACUUUGGGUGCUAUUGUCAAGCUUUACGACACAACGCUGCAGAGUUUGAAGCAGGCGGCAGAGCUGGGUAUCGUGCAGGAGAAGGAAGGUGUGAGGAGCGGUGUUGAGGGCCUGGAGACAUACUUCCAUGCUCUUAGGUGCUACAACCUGGCUCGAUUGCACUGCAUUCAUCCGACUCCAUCUUAUGCGUCUGCCGUGCAGCUUUUAGCGACUGCGUCCGUUUCUCUCCGCCAGGCCACCGAUUUCCUCUCUAUGCCGGUGGACGAGGCCGUUCUGUCUAUCUCUUCCGAUGCUCUUUCAACUCUCACCAAGCAUGCGGCUGUGCUUGAAAAGGCCGCCAAGAAAGGGUUAUUCAAUGAAACGGUGCAGAGACCUGUCUUCUUUGAUAUGGCGUUCAACUACGUCGACCUCCCGCUUGAAUCGAUUCAGACGCAUGCUGGCAAUCACAAAGAUUCCGGCGCCACGAAAGACACUCUGGUUAAGCAGAAGGAAGCGACGCUCCAAAAGACGGAGACCCAGAAUUUGGCCAUUGCGAAGAAGGGGAGAGAUACGAGGGAGACGACCCCUGCUGUUGAGCCGCAAGACGAUCAGCAGCAAGGCAAAAAGGGCUGGCUGGGUGGAUGGUUCGGUAGAAAGUGA